AUGUUGUUACUUGUUCAGCCAGCUAGAUUCCGAUCCAUCAAAAACUUUGGAAGCCAUCAGGAUGCCAGCAAUCAAGCAGCUGAGGUAGCUGGAUCCAACGAAGAUAAUACAGAUGACCCUGAAGUCGCACCUAAUACUCCCUACUUAAUGGCAGAUUCUUCUCUCGAACAAGAAGAAGAAUGUGUUGCUCUUCCGAACAGAACCAGAGUUCGCCCAUCGUUUUUCCAAUGUAAAGAUGAUACUAAGUUUGAACUUCAUGGUGGUGCCAUUACUAAUGGAAAUGGAGAUGACGCGUAUCCAGUUUCAUUCAACUCUCCCAUUCGUAUUUUCUUGGAUAUCACUAGUAGUUCAAACAAACGAUUUGAUAACUUAGGGGUUGAAGUAUCAAUCUUCAAGCGAUCAACCGGCUGGUUCGGAUGUGGGUGGAUGUUUUUGCCAAGUUUUGGACUGCUAAGCAACUACGACAUGUGUGACGACAACCCAUCCUGCCCGGUGACCCCUGGACGUCAAGUUAUUGAAUUCGAGAUUGAUCCGACAAAGUUGUUUACCAAUCUUUUCCGAAUGAUUCACUAUGACUUGGUGGGUACUGACCAUAAGUCCGCAUAUCAAUUGGUGGUACGUCUUCGAGAUAACCGUGAUCCAUACCGAGAGUUAUUGUGUGCCACGAUUCAGACGAGAAUCACACUCUGA